AUGGGUCAAUUCGUUUCGAAAUUCGUCUCCUACAUGUUUCCGAACGUCGAAUGCCGCACUCUGAUGCUCGGAUUGGACGGUGCCGGCAAGACGACGAUUCUGUACAAACUGAAGCUCAACGAGACGGUCAACACGAUUCCGACGAUCGGUGAGGCUCAGACAGAAUGACGUGGAAUGCAUUCGGUCCGUUUUCAGGCUUUAACGUCGAGACGGUCACUUUCCAGAAGAUCACCCUUACCGUCUGGGACGUCGGCGGUCAGCAGAAGAUCCGUCCGCUCUGGAAGUACUACUUCCCGAAUACCACGGUGAGUGCCACGUGGCCAUUGACUAUUGACUAUUUUGCAAUUCAGACCCUCGUGUUCGUGGUGGAUAGCUCGGAUGUGGAGCGAAUCCAAGAUGCGAAAAAGGAGCUGUUCGGAUUGCUCGACGAGCCGGAACUCGCCAAAACCCAUCUGCUCGUCUUCGCCAACAAACAAGACAUGCCGAAUGCAAAGACGCCCGCCGAACUGACGGAAUUGCUCGACCUGGCGUCCAUCAAGAACCGCGAAUGGUUCAUCUGCGGAACGAACGCACACACCGGACAGGGACUCUUCGACGGAUUGUUGUGGGUGAAGAAGCAAAUGAAGGCGUGA